CGAACAGUUCAAUUGUGAGGUAAAUCGAUAGUCCGUAAACCGCGAAGAAAAAGUUUUGAAGAAUUUUUUUAACUGCAUAAUUUCAUUGGCAUUGGGAUAGGUUAAGAAUGGCUGUGAAAAUUUUGUUGACAUUGUUGACUAUUUUAAAGUUAAUCUUCGUUAAUGCUCAAAUACCGAGUUUUGGACGUUGUCCAGAAUAUGACGCAAUGCCUGCUUUUGAUAAGGAAAAGUUUUUAGGCUCGUGGUAUGAGAUUGAACGAUAUUUUACAGUAACAGAAGUCGUAUCAAAGUGCAUAUCUGCUGAUUAUGAGAGGAGAGCUGAUGGAAAAAUUUAUGUCAAAAAUUACUACACGAAUCGGAUUAAUAACGUUCAACGUAUCAUUUCUGGUAAAUUGUCAAUCACGGGAAAGGGAGGCGAGGGAAGAUUUAAUGUUAGAUAUGAAUCAUUUCCAUUAAGCUAUGAUGCAUCUCUCGUUGUGCUGGAUACUGACUAUAAAAAUUAUGCAGUCAUUUGGUCUUGCAGUAAUGUCACUUCAUUAGGACAUACUGAAAGUGCUUGGUUAAUGUCCCGUCAGCGAAAUCCUCGGGGAGAAAUUUUACAAGCAGCUUACGGUGUUUUAGACAAAUAUAAAAUGAACCGCUCAUUUUUCGUUAAGAGUGACCAAAUUGAUUGCGAGACUUUACCUCCAAUUCAAGAAGCAAUUGACCCGACAGAAGCAUCAGCUACAAAAAAUAAAGACAAUGAAAAGACUGAAAAUGUUACCGAGAAUGUGACAAUUAUUCCAGAAGAGAUGACAGAAUUUAAUAGCACAGAAGCGUCAACAUGAUUUAUAUUUGAUAGGAGUUGUUUGCCUUUAAUGCCAUAUGAUUAAAUUGAAAUUACUAGUUAUGA